CAAACUAAUUGUCUAUUUGUAUCGAUCGGUAAAUAUCCUAAUUAUACUAAAUUUGGCGUAAAUGAAGACUCGUGUGGAUACAGAUUCUCAACGGAAGUAAUGUUUACAACAUAUAAAACCAAUUGCUUUCGCAAUAACUAUAGUCCGAGAAAAUUACACGAUGUAAACGGUCAAUACGAUUACCCACAUCUGUUGUCCACCAGUCGGUUAACGGGCGGUUGGCAUCAGAACUAUGGCGAAGGACCAUGGGCAGUUAGUGUGAAGAUUGUUGACAGUUGGCCUAAUCCCGAUGCGGGCAGCAGGGUCAGUUGGAAAAAGACCAAAUCCAUCAUUACUUAUUGCUCGGGUGUAUUGAUUACAACAAAAUGGGUUUUAACGGCCGCCGAUUGUUUCAGAAACGUACAUAAGGGCAACACAAGGAAGACAUCGGUGUCGGCCGGAUAUCGGCGUAAAAGCGAGCGAUUGGUUGCAGUGAACGGUAUAGUUGUUAAGUCAGGCGUGGCUUUAGUUCGGCUCAAGAAGAAUAUGCUAAGCCAUAACGUCGGCCGACAAAUGCUGGUCAACACCGUAUGUCUGCCCGAUUUGGGUCAAGUGCUGGACCGGCCCGAGUGGGCCACACUGUUUGGCUAUGGUUUUACUGAUAGCCGGAGCACUGCCAACGAUUAUUUACACCAUGGUGAUAUUUAUUUACUAUCGCGAAAUACAUGUAACCCAUUAACCAAUGAUACACUUCUGUGCUCCUCUAACUCCGUGGGCCAUAACAUAUCCAUACCCUGUAUAGGCGACGAGGGCUCACCUGUGGUUCAGUAUACCGACAAAUACCGGACCAAAGCUAUACUUGUGGGCACACAUGUGAGACGUGGGCCACACGCGGAUGAUCCGUGUCAAAUUAUUUUUGUUAAUGGUCUCAGAAAGUGUGGACACAAUCGACGAGUGGAUGAAGUGAUGGCCACCGAAGACAACGACAGCCAAACGUGGCAUCAAAUCAAUCAAAUCACACACAAAGACAUGGAUUGCAUUGAAAUGAUUACUAAAUUGAAUGAAAUGAAGAUUUUUAGCGAAACGAUAGAUAAAAUGCAAUGUAUUUUGGAUACAAAUAGUAGUGAUUUGUGUGAAAACAUUCAAUCAUUAAAUAAAACUAUUAUUGAUUGCAAACCAAUUAAAAUCAGUGUUAAUUUGAUGGCAAUUAACAAAACAAUUAAUAAAAAUAAUGAUAAGUUUCGGUGUCUUCGGACUGAUUGUCACUUUAAGACUCAAUUCAAAAGUGUUUUAAUUCAACAUCAAAUAAUUCAUACAAAUAUUAGACAAUUUAAAUGUGAUUUUAAUGAUUGUACUAAAAGUUAUAAAUGGAAAUCACAAUUAAUUAAACACAAAAAUGCCGUCCAUUUGAACAAAAGAUUUGUUUGUGAUUUCAAAGAUUGCAACAAAAGUUUUACAACAAAACAAACUUUAUUUCAACACAAAAGUUGUGUUCAUUUGAAUGAAAAGGAUUAUAAAUAUAAUGAAGAAAAUUGUGGCAAAAGUUUUGAUGGAAUAUCAGAUCUAAUUCGUCACAAACGCAUACAUUCGGGAGAAAACCCAUUUGAAUGUGAUUUAAAUAAUUGCCACAAAGGGUUUACACAUAAAUCACAAUUAAUUGAACACAAAAAUUGCGUUCAUUUAAAUAAAAAGCCAUUUAUAUGUAACGAAAAAAAUUGUGGCAAAAGGUUUACAACAAAACAUAACUUAUUUCAACACAAAAGUUGCGUUCAUUUGAAUGAAAAGUUAUUCAAAUGCACUGAAGAAAAUUGUGGCAAAAGUUUUGGUCAAAAAUCACAUCUAAUUCGUCACAAACGCAUUCAUUCGGGAGAAAAACUAUAUAAAUGUGAUUUUAAUGAUUGCGGCAAAUGUUUUGCACAAAAAUCACAAUUAAUUGAACACAAAAAUUGCGUUCAUUUAAAUAAAAAGUUAUUCAAAUGUAAUGAAAAAAAUUGUGGCAAAUAUUUUAGUCGAAAACCAUAUCUAAUUUGUCACAAACGCAUACAUUCGGGAGAAAAACCAUAUAAAUGUGAUUUUAAUGAUUGUAUCAAAUGUUUUACACAAAUAUCACAUUUAUAUCGACACAAAAGAGGAUCGAUGAAG